AUGGUUGGCAGCAGUGUUGUUAUUUAGUUUAGUAACAUCGCAUUAAUUCUUCGAUUUGUCACGGGACUGUCUACUGGAACAGUAUAACAGGCUUCGCUCUAUCCUAUUACAACCACCCUACAGACCGGGUCACAUUGCUGACCAUGAAGACUGCGGCUUGUAUUGUCCUGGCGCUCUGCGUCGCAGGUGGACUUGCUAGUCCCAUUUCCAAAGAACAACAAAAAUACCCCAAAGAAUGCAGCACUGGACCAACCUAUUGGUGUCAAAACAUCACAACUGCCCACAAUUGUCAAGCUGCGAAACACUGCAUCCAGACGGUUUGGGAGCACCAAAAACUGGAGGCAGACAAUGACGACAUUUGCACCAUUUGUAAAGACAUGGUCCAGCAGGCCAGGGACCAGCUCGAGAGCAAUGAAACUCAGGAAGAGCUGAAGGAAGUGUUUGAGGGCUCUUGCAAGCUGAUCCCUGUGAAGAUUGUUUCCGAAGAGUGCAUGAAGGUCUUUGACGACUUCAUCCCUGAACUGGUGGACGCGCUGGCCUCGCAGAUGAACCCGCAAAUGGUGUGCAGCACCGCCGGCCUUUGCAACUCUGCCCGCGUCGACAAGCUGCUCGCUGAGCAUGUCAUCAACGAGGUUUAUGCCAAGUUUGGACAGGAUUGCGGAGACUGCCACUCACUGGUCGCAGACGUGCGACCCAAGCUGGACGGUGCUUCUGACGAGGACAUCAUCAACAGGCUGAUGAACGUUUGCGGACACAUGGGCAGCCUGUCGCUCGGCUGCAGGGAGAUAGUGCUGAAAUAUUCUCAGGACAUCACUGAACACAUCAGGAAGCACUUCAACGCGAGGGAGGUGUGCGACCUCUCCGGCGUUUGCAAGGCCAAGCACCAUGAACAUGCCCGACCCUUGCUGGCGACCGCCUACAGGAGUGACGAACCUUGCGAACUUUGUGAACACUUGGUGCAGCACAUGCUUGACGUCUUCACCGCCAACACCACUGAGGAGGAGUUUGAAAAGGUGCUGAUCGGCAUUUGCAAGAUGUCCAAGAGCUCGUUCAAGCAGCAGUGCCUCAGCCUGGUCAGCGAGUACUACCCCAUGUUCUACCACUUCAUCACCACCGAGAUGAAGCCCCAUUCUGUCUGUGUCCUCGCCGGCGUCUGCCAUGAGGGAGAGCAGAGGCGACCCCUGCUUGGAGCCCACGAGGGAGACCUUUACAGGAAGAGACACAACAAACAUCACCUGAUUGGUGGUGAUGAAACCAAACUGCAAGAUUUGGCUCGAGUCCCCCUGACCAAGAAGGAGUCCAACAUCCAAGUGAUCAACUCUGACCUCCUGCCUACGCCUGCCGUGCCCGCCGUCCUGCCCAUUGAAUUGAUGCUGCCGCAAUCCAUGAUUGGCGGCAACAAAAUCGAGUGCGAAACUUGCCAGUACUUCUUGCACUACGUCCAGCAGGAGAUUACCCUGCCUUCGACCGAGGCUGAGAUCAAAGAGCUGAUUGAUGAGGCGUGCGACCACCUGCCCAAGUCGAUCGGUCCACAGUGCAGGAGCUUUGUCGCCAUCUAUUCUGACGCGCUGAUCGCCCUCCUGGCUCAGGAGGUUGAUCCUUCUCAGGUUUGCCCAAGCAUCGGUCUGUGCCCUGCUGCCGCCGUCGUGGAAGCUGUGAGCAAGGUGGAGGGCAACGCCGCCUGCCCCAUGUGCUUGUUCGCCAUGCAGCAGCUGGACAAGAUGCUGAAGGACAACCGCACCGAGGACAGCGUGAAGAAGGCUCUGGAGUCGGUGUGCUCGCUGCUGCCGAAGAAAAUGGUCACCGAGUGCGACUCAUUCAUGGACAAGUACACGGAAGAGCUGAUUGACAUGCUGAUCGCCGAGUAUACACCUGAAGAGGUGUGCACCAACCUGAAAAUGUGCGGCCCAGAGGAAUACGAGCAGGGAAUGCUGACCGGCAAAGACGAAAAGCAGAGCCACAUCGAGACCAACGAGAUUCCCCUGCCAAAGGACGAUGAGCUGGUCAAGCCCAUCUCCAACGUCAAGGACGACAACAAGUGCGUCAUCUGCGAGUUUGUCAUGACUCAACUGGACGAUAUGCUGAAGAACAACGCUACUGAGGAGGACAUCAAGAAGGCAGUGCACAGCGUGUGCAAUUACUUGCCCAAGUCCGUGUCGCAGAAGUGCAAUGACUUCGUAAACGAAUAUGCCGAUUUGGUGAUCCAGCUGCUGGUGCAGAGCCUGGAACCGAAGCAGGUGUGCCAGGAGCUGGGCCUGUGUCCACAAGUGGCCAAGACCGCGGAGGAAAAGUGCACCUUGUGCCUUGUCCUAGUCGAAGCCAUGGACAAGCUGCUUGAGGACGGGAGCAUCGAGAAGGAUGUGGCUACCAUUAUUGAUAAGGUCUGCAACAUUGUGCCUAGCUCCAUGAGACAAGGGUGCCGAAGCACUGUUGACGAGUAUGGACCAAGUAUCAUGCUGUUGGUGGCUCAGCUGGCCGACAAGAACGACGUCUGCUCUCAGGUGAAAUUGUGCCCAUCCACUGGAAACAGGGGCCACCUUCUGGGCGCUAAUAAGUGCACCUACGGACCCUCAUACAGCUGCCAGUCUGAAUUCCACGCCAUGGCUUGCAAGGCCACCAAGUACUGCCAGCAAAAGGUCUGGAAAGCGUCCAAGCCCUGAGCUCAAGAGUCAAAUCAAUUAGGGAUAUGAUUUAUACCUUUAAAACAGCAAAAAGAGUGAUAAAUAAAAAUACAAGGAAACCCACUGGGUGAACUGCUUCUCAUGAGUUCGAUUUGUUAUAGACGUAUUGAUAAGACACUGAGUAUGAUAAUAAAAGCUAGACGCUGACUGUAUUUUCAA